UAUACCUGAAUAACUGUUUUGAAUUAUUUGACUGACUUCAAGUUUAUUUACCAGUUUGUUCCUUGGGCAGUAUCAGUGUAGGUAUUAUAUUGAGUGGUACCUUAAUUACAUCUUUUACACCAUUCCUGGUAUCUUUAGUGUGGAUAAAAAGAAGGUAUAAUGUAUGCAAAAUUAAGAUCCAGCAAACAGCUCAUUGUUUUAAAUAAGAUUUUAAAGAAUCAACUGUAUUUGUAGUAAGUUGAAAUUCCAGAGAUAAACUCUAAAAUGAAAAUCUGAAACUGUUGAUAAAUAUCAUCAAAUGGUCUUACAGGGAUGUAGAUGGGAGAAUAAAUGGAAAUAUCUAUUAAAUCCCACAAAAGAAACACAUUUUAAGCCUGUUCAUUGUCUGCAUAAGGGUUCCAGAGUAUUUCAGUUGAGCAUUUUUACUAGAAAGAGGAAUUUGCUAAGUCAUCAAAGCCCAGAAAGGCACUUUGUAUCAUUGUGCUUUAGAGCUCUUCUGAAAGGGCAUGAUAUCAUUUUGUAGUACUACAGAAGUGGAAUUUCAUGCACAAUUGAAAAAAUACCCAUUUAAUAUUGUUAAACAGCAGCAUUAGACUGAUCCUUUUUUUUUGACACGCAUACUUAAAGGUCAUAUGAGAAAGAGCUGGGAAUGAUCACAAGAAUGUUACAAACAGUGCUUUAUGUAUUUGUACUUAAGUGAAUAUUCAAAAAAGUUCUUCCAUUUUGGAUUUUUGUUUUGUUUUAAAAUGAAUGUUACCCAGUUGGGAAUUUUAGUUAAGUUCACUCUAUUAUUUCUCUUAUUUGCAAGGACAGUGGAGGAAAUCCUUGUUAUAAUAUGUAUUUAUGCAGCAUAUGUGCACAGGUGUAAGAGUAAUGUAUUCAAUGUCAAAUAAAAAGAAACUGUUGCUUUCAUUUUUAUUAUUCUAGCCCUUCCAACGAAGAAGAAUGAUGGCAUCCUUUUUAAAUGCUACUGUAAAAACCUAAAUUCUUAAAAAUGUUUAAAUAUAUACAGAUUUUUUUUUCCUUUCAUUAGAUGUUUUCUCUUGCAGCAUUCACUAUGUAUAUCUCUACUUAUACCUGUACUUCACGUGGGAAAUGUCUCAAUGUUUUCUGCAUUUACUGAAGAUUAAAAAUUCUCUUCAAAAUCCAUUUCAUAAUCAUCAGUAGUGUAACAUAAAUUGAAUUAAGCAUCGUGAAUGUUAGGUGGCUUGCUUUGCAUAAAAUCAACAAAGGUCUUAGCAUUUCUCAUCAUGUUUAAAUACUUAGCUCCCAUAACUAAUUAGCUUUGUCCUUCCAAUCUGCUACAUAUUUAAGACUGACUCUUACUUCUCGUCACAGUGCACCUGACCUGAGUAGGAGUGAGGAACCUUUCUGUACAGCAUUCUAAAAAAAUAAGUCCAGUUUUAUUGCCACAUCACUACUCAGUUUUGCACUGAUACAUUUUAAUGCAUUUUAAUUGGUUAAAUAUGUAAAUAAUUUUAUAACUACCACCUGAAAUCUCUCAAAAGUAAAAGUCCACUUCAAGAGACUUUUCUGAUUUAAUCUUUCAUUAUCCAUUAAUAAAAUUUCCUCUACUCAUACCACCCUUUUCUAUCAAGAUCACUCAGCAAGUGAUUCAGUCCAUGGCUGAUGCUAGAACAUGAUCUCCCACAAGAAUCAGGUAUUCCUGUUAAAUCCAAAUCAGAGUGUAAUUUGGUUGAAGUGAGGUUUCUUGUCAUUUAAAUAUAAUAAAUCUCUAAUAAAUUAUUUAGUUAUGCCACUUAAAGACUGAACUUGGUCAUAUCUUUGUAUUGCAUAUAUCUGCCAGAUAAGCAUGAGCAAUUAUUUGUAUUGAAAAAGUCCACUGUGCCUUUAAAAAAAAAAAAAAAGAAAACUGAAGUGACAAGUCAAAAUUCUCCUUAUUCAUACUAACGCAUGUAUGGGCUGUCCAAAAGCCAGUUUGCUUUGUAAGGAAAUGCCUAUAACAAAACCUGUUCUGAUUUCUGAAGAAUUUUCUUUCUGAGGAUUAGAUCAGUGCACAAGCUGCUUAGGUUUGGAACUGAAAAACAUUUCCUCAUGCUGGUGGGCAAAUUUCUUCACAUCUUCCUCUGACAUCACAGCUUUGCCUUCCUCCCCUUUUCUUGGCCUCCCGGUGGAUUUCUUCAAGGCAGUAGAGAGUACCAUGAUGGCUGCUGAAGAAAUGCUAUCUUCUUCUGGAUCUUACAGAUUAAUUCCAUUAUGUCAGGAAAUCUAAUACAGAAAUACCAUUUUUUAUUUGCCAGCAUUAAUGAUUUUUUAAAUUUAUUUAAAUUGUUUUUCAAGUUUUGCCUUCCUACAAAAUUCUCUCCAGAGCAGAGGUAAACAAAAACACCCCUGAAGAGCUUUUCUGAAAUGGUAUUACCCUUUUGGAUUCUUACUUUGUGUUUCUGUUGUUAUUGUUGUUGUUUUGUGGCAUUUGGCAAUUACUUCUGUACUUCAUGAAAUAAUGACAUUAUUUAUCUGAUGGCAUUAGUAUGCAAACUAUGCAAUCUGGCUUCUUCUGUGGGAAGAAGACUAAUGCUCUGUUUCCAUCCUUCAUACAGAAGAAUAUUUAAGAGAAAUAUAUUUUGGAAUUUUAUUCUGCUAUUUGGGCCAUAACCACAACAAUUAAUUCAUUUAAUUUGUUGCCUAUGGGAUAAUUCUGUUGUUAAAUCUUUCCAGAUUGCCCCAAGGCAAAUUCACAAGAUACUUCAGUAAUUAACUGUGCUGCCCAAUUAUGCUACAAAUAUUCUGGUAACUACUUUGUCAUUAACAAAUAUGUUUACUGGCAUGACAAAAUGGUGUAUCUUCAUCAGAAACAAAAAUUUUAAAAAAUUAAAAAAAAAAAAACCACCAAACAUUUAUCUAAAAUUAUUUUAUAGAAAUUACCCCAUGAUUGUAGUAGAAUCUGUUCCUUUAAUUGAUAUACUGGCAUACUUUCUUUGUUUCCACUGUUAAACUUGCAUAUUUACAAUCUCUUCUGUGUAGACAGGAUGUCCUAAAAGAACCGUAGAGGCUGUAGUGCCUUUCCGAAGAUGCAGGGCUCCAGACAGACAGAUUCCCUCUCUCCUCCGCCCUAAGCCAGAAGUGAUCCACCAAGUCUUCAUUCGACUGGAAAGGCCAACCUGAUGAAUGAACCAGCAAGGAGGGGGCCAUCUGAUAAUACUCUCAGCAUUUUGGCAAAGCACAAUGGAUUCAGUCGGCAGAAACAAGAAGUGUACCUACUGCCAAUCAUAAUAAGCGAUAGUGGAAAUCCUCCCAUGAGCAGUACUAGCACUCUUACUAUUAGAGUCUGUGGUUGCAGCAGUGAUGGUAUUGUCCAGUCCUGUAAUGUUGAAGCAUAUGUACUUCCUAUUGGACUCAGCAUGGGAGCCCUAAUUGCAAUAUUAGCAUGCAUCAUUUUGCUAUUAGUCAUUGUAGUGCUGUUUGUAACACUAAGAAGACAUAAGAAUGAGCCUUUAAUCAUCAAAGAUGAUGAAGAUGUGAGAGAAAAUAUUAUUCGCUAUGAUGAUGAAGGAGGUGGAGAAGAAGAUACAGAAGCUUUUGACAUUGCAACGUUGCAAAAUCCAGAUGGAAUUAAUGGAUUUUUGCCUCGUAAGGAUAUUAAACCUGAUCUUCAAUUUAUGCCCAGGCAGGGUCUUGCGCCUGUUCCUAAUGGUGUUGAUGUUGAUGAAUUUAUUAAUGUAAGGCUUCAUGAAGCUGAUAAUGAUCCCACAGCUCCACCAUAUGACUCUAUCCAGAUUUAUGGCUAUGAAGGAAGAGGUUCAGCUGCUGGUUCCCUUAGUUCAUUGGAGUCCUCUGCAUCAGACUCAGAUCAGAAUUUUGACUACCUCAGUGAAUGGGGUCCCCGCUUUAAAAGACUUGGAGAACUUUACUCAGUUGGAGAAAGUGACAAAGAGACUUGACAGUGGAUUACAAACUUUUUCACUGUUGACUUAACGAUCAUGUAAUAUUCUAGGGCCACUGCUGUUAGUUAAAACUAAUGUGGCUUUUUGUUUUAGAGGCAAGUUUAGCGCCAGUCAUCUAUAAAAUCAACUACAUUGUAAUGUUGAACCAAAUAAAAAAGUAUAUGUUAGGAGGUUAAGUCUUGUGGAGUGUGAAGUAAAGUAUGUGGAGUGUCUAGAAGUCUUUGGAUAUUUGAUAUUCACUUGACCACUCUGAAGAUGGAGAUUUAGAUCUUUGAUUAUCUUCAGUGAAUUGAAAAGAAUGAAUUGGUGCUUUCUUAGGAAAUGGACUUGCAGGGAUUUUACUGUUGAACAGUAGCUCCUGCCAGUAUGUGUAAAGCUAAUGGUUUGUUUCUGCAUUGCCAACAAAGAUCCUGACUCAGAAAUGUUAAAAGCAAUAUCUUGGUCUUCUUAGCAAUGCUGAAUAGAAAUAGCAUUGGAAAUCCUUACUGGCUUCUACUGUGCAGUGACCAUGCAUUGUACAUACAGUAAUUGUUGGCCACAUAACCACAGACUGAAUAUCAUCUUUAAAUAUUGUGUCAAGCCUUAAAAUAUUCACAUGUUCUUAAUCCAUUCCAGUUAUGGGUAAUAAAUCCUACUCACGUGCAAAGAUUCAGAUGCAGGGGUCCAAAACCUUGCUUUACAAAAGGAGCUUUUUUCUAAAAGAAGGAUCAAUCCUGUACUUCUGAAAGGAAAGAAAAACUGUGAAAGGGGAUGGACUUACAUAUAUGAAAGAAUUACUGAUUUUAUUGCUAAAGAUCGGAUUUAUUUGUUUAAUCUUUGAAAUAAAUAUUUUAUCGGUGUCCAUUACUGCUUUUAUUUAUGAAGAUUGAUAAUCUAUAGAAUAAGAUUAUAAAGAAAACUAAAUUGUAUCAUUUAGAUUUUUUUCUAUAUAUAGUGAAUGUUUAAUACAUGUACAUUUUGAGAAGAAAAAUGACAAAUUGCUGUAGGUUAAAGCAGUAACCUCUCCAUUUGCAGUGGCAGAAUUUUAAGAGAUUGAUGGCAGGAAAUAAAACUUUCCCAGAAAAAAAACUUUUGACAGUUUUGUAUCUUCUUCAUAAAUCUAAUACCUGGUGUUUUUAAUACAAGCACAAACAGCUGGAAGUAAACUGGUUCAUGUGAAUAUUUAAACUAUAGACUUUUAGAAAUCCACACAUAACACAGUACAGUAAAAAAAAACAUGCUUAUAGUUCUCCACUGUAUUAGAGCAGGAACCAGUGUGUACAUAAUUUUACUGCUUAUGUUAUUAGCAUUUCUUUUCUAUAAUAUUCAUAGUGAUGCACCAGGGCUCUUGCACACAGAGAAAGAACAGCACUAGAAGUUGCAAGCAUACUCAAUUUGUAAUGCAAACUUGCCAUUUAGAAGUAGCAAUUGUAUAAUAAAACUAUGUAUUACAUGCAAAUCAUUUUAAUUUUCUACUUUGUUUUGAUGCUAUAUUACUGUUUGUUUAUUUACUCCAUGUAUUGUAUUCAGAGAAACUCCUGUAUUGUUUCCUACUUUGUGAAAUAUAUUUUUAUAAAUA